ACGUGUAUCUCUCUAUAUAUCAAUGAAAGCAACUUUAGCAACUUUAGAAAUAAUCAUCAAAUCAAAUUUGUGGUUAAACACUCACACUCUAUUUCAUCACCGUCUACCACUGUCUUGCCUUUAACCACCUUCACCACCGACACUUACAUCACAUUCUCCUCUCACCGACAACAUAACGACACCAAUAACGGACUCUCGUAACCGCUGCCACGUGGCAUCUUCAAAAUGAUCACCGCUUACAACGGACGCUCCGCCUCCGGUGGAACCCGUACUCUGGUGGUUGGUGUCAAGAUGGAAGAAGAAUCACACUGUCACUGCUCGGAGUUACUGACUUGGGCGUUAGUUAACGUCGCUCAACCCGGUGAUCUUAUCGUUGCUCUUCAUGUUCUUCCAAAUCAUGAGACUGUGAAUAGAGAUGGGAAAUCUUCUUUGUUUUCUCUUGUUAAAGCAUUUGAUUCUGUUCUUUCUGGUUAUGAAGGAUUCUGUAAUUUGAAACAGGUGGAUCUGAAGCUUAAGAUUUGCCGGGGUUCAUCGGUGAGGAGAAUUUUGGUUAGAGAAGCAAAUGAAUAUUGUGCGACUCAUGUUAUACUUGGAACACCGCGAGGUUUUAGUAAAAUUAGGCCAUCUAUUUCUAUAGUUAGGUAUUGUGCUAAGAAGCUAUCUAAGGAUUGUUGGGUUUUUGGUGUUGAUAAUGGAAAGGUUGUGUUCAAGAGAGAUGGAUCAUCGUCUACAAAUUGCGCCAAUUUAAAAGGACAUCAAGUUGGGUUGCUUGGUUCGAUUCAAUGGAAAUUUGGCAAGAGUUCAAAAGUACUGAAUGAUGAUAUGCAAUAUUCGAUAUUGUCGGAUUCAUCUUGCUACCAAGCUGCAGAUCAAGAGUUGUAUGGCAGCGGUGAUAGGGAGAACGAGAAGAACUCAUUGGCUAUGGUGCCUGUAAAGGUAACUGAUGCUGGUUUGAGUAUGAAAACUUUGCAUUACAGAGAGGUGGCUGAUUCGAAACCUGGUUGGCCACUACUACAUAGCAGAAUUUCAUUGUCAGACAGGAGAAAUUCUGAAAGAUCGUCGUUUCCUCAGAUUUCUGUGGUUCAAUGGGCAAUGCAGUUGCCCGCUAGAGAUCUUUCCUAUGAUAAAGAUCAGUUUUUGGGUCUAGAUAGCAGAAGUGGGGCUCUUGUUCCGGUGGAUGCUGAAAUAGGGACGAUUGCUUCACCAGAACGCAAAUCCGUAAAUGUUCCUAAAGAAUUGGUGGGGCUUCAUGAGAAAUACUCAUCUUCUUGUAGAUUGUUUAAGUACGAAGAACUUGUAUCGGCAACGUCAAAUUUCUUGCCUGAAAAUUUGAUCGGAAAAGGAGGAAGUAGUGAGGUUUAUAGAGGCUGUCUUCCUGAUGGAAAGGAAGUUGCUGUUAAGAUCUUAAAGCCUUCUGACGAUGUUUUGAAGGAGUUUGUUUUAGAGAUAGAAAUUAUCACUACUUUGCAUCACAUAAACAUCAUUUCCCUCGUUGGAUUCUGCUUUGAAGAUGACAAUCUUCUUUUGGUCUAUGAUUUCUUAUCAAGAGGGAGCCUUGAACAUAACCUUCAUGGUAGUAAGAAAAGUCUACUCGAGUUCGGUUGGACUGAGAGAUAUAAAGUGGCACUGGGUGUUGCCAACGCGUUGGAGUAUCUGCAUAAUAAUGGUGACAAAACUGUGAUCCAUCGCGAUGUAAAAUCAUCAAAUGUGUUAUUAUCCGAGGAUUUUGAGCCUCAGCUGUCUGACUUUGGACUUGCUAAAUGGGCAUCAUCCUCAUCAUCAUACACAACCUGCACUGAUGUUGCCGGAACUUUUGGUUACUUGGCUCCUGAAUACUUCAUGUAUGGUAAAGUAAAUGAUAAGAUUGAUGUCUAUGCAUUUGGGGUGGUGCUUCUUGAGCUUCUCUCGGGGAGAAAGCCUAUAAGUGGUGAUUAUCCUAAGGGUCAAGAGAGCCUUGUCAUGUGGGCAAGUCCGAUUCUGAAUAGUGGGAAGCUGUCGCAAUUGUUGGAUCCUAGUUUGGGUGAUAACUAUGAUCAUGAAAAGAUAGAAAGAAUGGUCUUAGCAGCUACACUUUGUAUCAGACGUGCUCCAGGAGCUAGGCCUCAAAUGAGCCUUAUCUCAAAGGUUCUUAAAGGUGAUGCUGUAGUAAUGAAGUGGGCAAGGUUAGAAAUUAAUGCAUUGAAAGCUUCAGAGUUGCUUGAUGAAGAAGCUUCUCCAACUUCUAACUUACGGUCACACCUAAAUCUUGCACUGCUUGAUGUGGAGGACGACGCACUCUCCUUGUGGAGUGUUGAUCAAAAUGUCUCUUUAGAGGACUACUUGAGAGGCAGGUGGAGCCGUUCAUCUAGCUUUGAUUGAUCUAACUCCUCGCAAAGUGCUAGAAGAAACUUCAUUUUAUUUCAUCUAAAUUUUGUGUGUAUGUGUGCUGUGUAUAUGUGUAUAUUCUACCACGGUGUUCGAGUCUAGCAGGAAAGACUAGUUUGUUAUAAUGGAACAAAUCAAAGUUCGAAUCCAGACUGAAAGAGGUGCAAGUAUUUAAUGUUCGACAAUGUCACGAACAAAAUUACCUCAAAAGGAAGGAACUUAUGGGAAACUAAUAAUUAGAGGUGUACACAUGUAGUAUGGGAUGAUCUCUCAAAUAAGAUUGCCUCUGGUAAAAUAACAUGUGAAAAACCAAUAUAGAGAGAGUCUGUUGUUCUGCACAAAUUCAUUGAUGGGUUUGGAAGAGAGGUUGUUUGUGAGUGUCCUCCUCCUUCCCUUCAUCCGGGAAACUAUCCCCUUGUAAUUUGUAAUCUAUGUAAUCUAUCAUUGAUCUCAAGUUGGUUGUGUUA